CCUGUGAGCCAAGUGUGAAUCUUGUUCUAAAUCUGGAACGCCUCUGCCGUAGCAACCAGUGCAUGCUGCUCAGGCAAUGCAAUAGCUGUGAUACCCAGGUGAGAAGAUUCCCCCUCAGGUGAGGGUGGGGCCAAGGUGAGGGGGGCGUGGCCUUGCAUUCCUCUGUGCUGUCACUCACAUUGGCUCAGUGUGCAGCAGCUGCAGAUCAGCCGUAAUACUGCAAGGAGAUGGCUCUGCUUACAGGGAAUGUAUCUUGAGGAUUUUUACAGGGAGACCCCCACCGCCUGCAGACUCUGGGGGCAUCUGAGGAGUCGUGUGACCCUGCGGGGGGAGAAGGCGUCAUAAUCCGGAUAUCUGCCUGGACUGUGCAAAUACUUUAUUAGAGCAACCAUGAGCACGGAGGGUUUUAGGAGAAUGGCCAUCAGGAGGAAGUCCAACCCCUGUCUGGCCAGUGGACCUUUAAGGGUAUACGAACCGUUGGACAAUGGAGACGAAGCCGGCAACAGCGUGCCCUGUCCUCGCAUCCUUCCCAUCUGGAAGCCAAUCUCCACCAGCACAGACCAGCUUGUAGAGCAGGAGGGAAGCGGUAAACGCGAUUAUCAUGUAAAAGACCAGCAGAUUCCCAGAAACAUAGGGAGAAGUCCAAAGCCUUUAGUGCCACCAAAGCCUGCAGACGUGCCCCCCUCUCCAUCACCAUACAAGAACCAAAACCCUAACUGGAGGACCUUUCCUCGGGGCCGUCCCAGGAUGGAUGACGGUACGCCCCCAUCAGGGGAGAAGUCGAGCAAGAUUUCAGAUCUCAUCAGCCGAUUUGAAGGCAGCAGCCCAGCUGAGACCAGAAAAGAAAGUCCAGAUCUGAAUAAUGGACCCACCCAUAGGGUAAUUCUCCAACCCAGGCCCUUUACCGAGCACCCGCUUCUCCUAAAACAAAGUGUAAGCGUGGAGAUCAGUCAGGAAGAACCAAAACCACAGCAAAAUGGCAUAGUGGGCCCUGCCCCAGAGGACUAUGCGGACAGCGACACAUUACCAUCUCCUGGGAAUACGAUGGAGACUGAAUUAAUUUCUUCUAAACCACCUUCUUCUAAAGUACCUCUACUUCCAAGGUCUCCUAUUCAUGGUCCAAGAGUCCCAACACCUCCAAAGUCUCCUAACAGAACUCAAGCCUCUGGGGCUCCGUAUUCUCCACCCUUAGAUACACAAGACUCUUCUAGAACAUCAGAACCUUCCACCGAAGAAGCAAUGGAGAACCACCUGAAUGGGGAAGGACUCCAGACCUCUAAGGAUAAAUCUUUACCAGACAGUCACGAGGGUCUUAUCAAUGAGGGGUACCAAGAAACUGAACCCCCUAGUAGGACAUCAUCUGACGAGAACGAUGGAGAAGGCAGCAAUAGUAUCAGGUCCGCGUCAAGUCAAUCGGAAGAAGUCAAGGAGACAAAUGAGCAGAAACUUCACAACAUUGCCAAUGAACUUCUGCAGACGGAACGGGCGUAUGUCAGCAGGCUGGAACUUCUACAGACUUUUAACAAAGCUCUAGAGAAUGAAGCUAAGAAAGGCUCUUUCCCUGUGGACGUCCCUAACAAAAUAUUCUCCAACAUUGUAUCAAUCUAUAAUUUCCACUCAUCAUUCCUGCUCCCGGACCUUGAAAACAGAAUGAAUGAAUGGUCCGUCAGCCCCAGAAUUGGAGACAUUUUACAAAAACUGGCACCGUUCCUAAAGAUGUAUGCAGAAUAUGUGAAAAAUUUUGAUAACGCCAUGGAAACGGUGAAAACGUGGAUGGAUCGGUCAGCGCAGUUUAAACACGUGGUUCAAGAAAUCCAGAGGGAAGGAAAGUGCGGCAGCCUGACGCUGCAGCAUCACAUGCUGGAACCGGUACAGCGGAUACCGCGAUACGAGAUGCUCUUAAAGGACUAUCUCCGCAAACUGCCUCAAGACUCGCUGGAUUGGAAGGAUGCAGAAAAGUCCCUUGAAAUAAUUUCGACAGCAGCGAGUCACUCGAAUACCGCCAUCAGGAAAAUGGAGAGUCUGAAGAAGCUACUGAUGGUCUAUGAAAUGUUGGGAGAAGAAGAAGACAUUGUCCACCCCUCCAAUGAGUUUAUAAAAGAAGGACAGAUCCUUAAACUGGCCGCUCGCAACACGUCAGCCCAAGAGCGACAUCUCUUCCUGUUUAACAACAUGUUACUCUACUGUGUGCCCAAGUUCAGUCUGGUGGGGACAAAGUACUCUGUGCGAACAAAGAUCGGGCUGGAUGGUAUGAAAGUGGUGGAGACGCAGAACGAGGACUAUCCGCACACCUUCCAGAUCUCCGGUAAAGAGAGGACGCUGGAGUUACAGGCCAGCUCCGAACAAAUCAAGCAAGAAUGGAUCAAGGCUUUGGGCGCGGCGAUUGUAGAAUUUCAACAGCGAAAUGAAACCUUUUUGAUCGCAACAGCGAAAAAGAUGGAGGAGGUGCCACAGGAAGUUCCUUUUGCUGAACUAGGACUAAGGGCCCCAAGGUGGAUUCGAGACAAUGAAGUGACAAUGUGCAUGAAAUGCAAAGAACAAUUUAAUGCCCUGACCAGGAGGAGGCAUCACUGCAGGGCAUGUGGAUAUGUGGUUUGUUGGAAAUGUUCCGACUACAAAGCUCCUCUUGAAUACGAUGGUGGUAAAAUGAAUAAAGUGUGUAAAGAUUGCUACCAUAUAUUGAAAGGAUGUAAUGACAGUGAGGAGAAAGAGAAGAAGAGGGGCAUACUGGAGAUCGAGUCUGCAGAAGUCUCAGGAAACAGCAUUAUCUGUAGUUUCCUCCAGUAUAAUGAGAAAUCAAAGCCUUGGCAGAAGGUCUGGUGCGUGAUACCCAAACACGAGGCUCUUGUGUUAUACAUGUACGGCGCUCCACAGGAUGUCAAAGCUCAAGCCACUAUUCCUCUUCUGGGUUACGCUGUUGAGGAAUCACCGCGUUUAAUAGACCUGCCUUAUAGCUUCAAACUAUCACAGUCUAAAUCCAUACACAACUUCUCGGCUGACAGUGAAGAACUCAAGCAGAGGUGGCUUAGAGUUAUCAACAUGGCAGUGAAAGGAGAGACCACGCUGGAUGCAGAUGAAAACGGUGCUGUAGAUGGACACUUGGAACCUUCUGUGUAGUGGCUAAGGCCCUGCUUGGAAUCCCCAAUGCAAUAUGAACACAAGACUGAGAAAGUUGAGAAAAAGGAUAAGCCAAACGUGGCUUCCAGAUUUGACUACUGACCUGGGAUGGAAUCUCAUUUAAUUUCCAGGUCGCAUCUUUCGUUCAGUGCCAACCAUGAGAAUCCAGAGAAUCCAUAAACAUGGCGGUAUGGAUAUCUGGGUGGUGAGAAUACUUGGUGGACAUAUAGUUUUGACUACUGGUUUGAGUCAAGCUUUCACCAAAAGGAAGUAUCACUACAUGGUGCCAUUUAUGGACCUUCAGGAAAUAGUCCCUACAAGAACAUCUUUAAAGUUGAGGAUGUUUCGUGUCAACAGAAGUAUUAGGGGAGCCCUACAAUCAAUAUAAAGGACAUCACCCAAAAUGUUAUAGGAUCUCAGUUAUCUUAUCAAUAAUUGCACAAUCAGCUAUAAGAGGAAAUCGUCGAAUGUUAUUCUGUCAAUGUUUUCGUUGAGCUCGGACAUGAAAAUUCAAAGGCACAAUGGUGGAGUAGAGAAAGCACAUGGAAACUUGAAGUGGGGUCCUCGGACUGUCCCGAUAAUUUAUAAAAGGAAAUCCAGACAAAAUAUUCAUGUAAAUUGAGAAGUAAUUGAUUUCUGUACUUUUAUUUGCACUUAGAUUUUUAUUUAUUAAUUAAAUAUUGUCCUUUUGUAAUACAACAUGGCGACUGUUAUCCUGCUGAUGUUAAGAUACAUCUUAUAGGGAACAUCCUCCUGUCUGACAAUAGUGGAGGUCUCUGAGCCCAAUUGUGCCCUAAGUGAACAAAGCUGCAGAGUGUAUGGUCCGCCACCCCUCCAUUCAUUGUCUAUGGGUCUUCUGAACAUUGCCAAGCGUUGAACUCAGAGGAAUGGUCCCAACCCAGUUCUCCAGGCCCACCAACAAUCCAGCUUUUUCAGUUACUCCAUUGGAAUAGAACAAAGAAAGGACUGGGUUGGGGACCACUACUGUGGUUAAAGGGGUACUCUGCUCCUAGACAUCUCAUCCCCUAUCCAAAGGACAGGGGGAUAAGAUGUCUGAUCAUGGGGGUCCCCCAGCUGGGACCCCCGCAAUAUCUGUGCAGCACCCAGCGUUCGGGUGCCGGCGUGGGGGUUGUGACAUCACACCAAGCCCCUCUUGAUGUCACACCACGCCCCCUCAAUGCAAGUCUAUGACUUGCAUUGAGGGGGCGCGGUGUGACGUCUUGAUCCUCCGCCCCGCAUCGCCAGUCAUCCAGCGCGGAGCGAAGUUCGCUCCGUGCACCGGAUGUCUGGGGUGCUGCAGCCGGGAGCGAAGGGGUUCCCAAUGGGGGGACCCCUGCAAUCAGACAUCUUAUCCCCUAUCCUUUGGACAGGGGAUAAGAUGUCUAGGGGCAGAGUACCCCCACCGCCCGCUCCAAGCGUUCGGAAUAAAAUGUUCCGAACGAUGGGGCGGCGGCGUACCCCUUUAAUGUAAGUGCAGAGGCCAUGCAUGCACACUACCGCUCCAUUAACACAGAGGACAAUUGACCUCAA